AUGGAAAUUUUGUAUCAAUUUCGUCCGAAAACCGCGGCAACAACGAAAAAUCCGGACGACUCGUUUCCACGGCGAAAACGUGGAGUUUCAAUGGGUUUCGGUGAGCGGAAGGCAUACUUCUUGUCAAUUCGCCCAAAUCCCAAGUUCGCUACAUGGUUCGGAAAGAAGAAGCGCGCAGCCGCCUCAGUCGACAGACCCGACAACAAAAACAAGAUACUGCUACCACUAGCACCUGUUCCUGAGAAAGUUCUUCCGGCAGAGCUUGCUGAAGAGGACGAAGAUGAUACCAGAAGCGCUUCUGUGAGAAAAGGAGUCAAUGCGAGUAACCCUUUCGUCAAGGGAUGCCCAUUUUGGACCGUGUCAACUGGAGAUGAAGAGGAAAUGGCCGAAGACGACUAUCCGGUUGAUAUUGAAGCUAUCGAAAAGGUUGUGAAUGGUGCAGCAUUGAAGCGGCCACCGUUUACAAAGAAAUCCUUUGACAUUUUCACAGAAUUAGACACAUUUAAAAAAGAUGAUGUGCUAUUCGAAAGGUACGUUUCCUGUGAUUAUAGCAUAGCAUUCCUUUUGUGA